AUGGAGGACAUUGACAGCAUAGAGGAAGAUGAGUAUGGGUUCUCAAGAAACUAUUUUCUGGCUAAAGAGUUGGGUGGGUCAAGCAAGAAGUCAGCGCGUAAGCUCUCUGAUAUUAAUAUUGUUGAUGAACAUGAGCUUCGAGAAACUGCGUUUAAUAUUGAAACGAAGCAUGAGAAAGAGAUUUUUGAGCUUUUGGAUGAUUACAAGACUAUGUACCCGAAGUGGGUGUUUGAACUCAGGUGUGGCUUUGGGCUUCUAAUGUACGGCGUUGGAUCUAAAAAAGGUUUGAAUGAAGACUUUGCAUCUUCUUCUUUGACUGAGUAUUUUGUUGUUGUCAUCAAUGGCUACCUUCCUUCAAUAAAUCUAAAACAGGCACUCUUUUCUAAUUUUGGAUCAAUAGCUGAACUUCUGUCUGAGCUGUUGAAAUCUAGAAGAAAGAGUUCUGGGACUCCGACUAAAGGUCAAGAAGCAUUCCCUUCAUGCUCCAUUGAUGAUAUACUUCCCUUUCUACAUGGCUCACAGUCUGAAGACAAAGACUGCUUCAUAUGCGUUGUUGUUCAUAACAUUGACGGCACUGCUCACCAUUAUCAUAUGAUUAAUUUUACAGUAGCAGAUGGUCUUGUUUUAGAGAAAACCUCAUCACCAUUAGGAGUUCUCCUGAUUGUUUUUGAGUCCAGACCUGAUGCACUUGUACAGAAUGCUUCUUUUCAGGAAACCCUUCUAGUGCAUAAGGAUCUAGAGCAGAAUGCUGUGUUCAAUGAGCUUAUAUUCGCUCUCCAGAGCAAUGGAGUCACUUUGUAUGGUGGAACAAGGGCAAGUGCAAUACUGAACAUACCAGAAGCACGGACGUUCAAGCAUGAGUACUGUUCAAAGUCUUGCACCGUUGAAGUUGUAGAUGAUGUCUAUGGUGAUAUAGAUCACAUUCACGGACAUGGAAGUGCACACACAGACUGCAUUGUGACAGAAGAUCCAGAAGUUGCAGAGCUAUUCCUUCGCCAAGUACAUAGUGCUGCUGUGUUUCACAACGCAAGCACAAGAUUCUCUGAUGGUUUUCGAUUUGGACUUGGUGCUGAGGUGGGAAUAAGCACAGGCAGGAUCCAUGCCCGUGGUCCUGUUGGAGUUGAAGGAUUUCUUACAACAAAAUGUGUGGAAUAA